AUGCAAGGAACAGAAUAUCUGGCUUGUACUCGGAGAGAAACGUCCGUUGUUCAGCUCCGAGAGAGGCAAGGUUGGAAGGAAAGUACUGAUAUGGGAAUCACCAAACAGGGACUGGUUAUACAAAGGAGGAAGAAAACAGAAAAGUCCCAGGCUACAAUUUCUCACUACAGUGAAAAAGUGUCCAAUGUUAUUGGGGAUUCUUCUGAAUCAAGCAAUCCAUCGACUGCUAUCAGUUCUUCUAACAUUGGUUUUCAGCUCCUAAAGAAGCAUGGCUGGAAGGAAGGAACUGGUCUAGGAAUCACUGAACAAGGUAUAUUGGUGCCUCUACAAGCAGAACCAAAACAUAACAAACAAGGACUAGGAGCUGAAAAACCAGCCAAGAGAAAACCGGCACAGCCUCAGGAUACAGCUUUUGAAGAAGUAUCAAAGAAGAGCAAGAAACUUUCUAAGAAAUUAGUGAAGAUGAUCGAGCACGAAAAACGAUUGGCGGAAAACGAAUUUGAACGAGCCUUCCGCAGGGAGUUCUGGCCUGAUAAUGUAUAA